AUAUAAAUCUCUCAGAGUUUUCUAACAUAAACCUUAAAAAAAUGGCUCAAUCACUAAGCAUCACGUCUCUUAUCACUUUCUUCAUCUUAUCUCUCUUUCUUAUUCAAUCACAAGCAAGUAAUCGCCAAACCUUAAUCGAACCAACUGAUCAAAACCAUAGCUUACCGCUGUCGGAGAACCACCAAAACAUGAAAACAGAUGAGGAAGACGAGCUAGAGCCAGCUUUUGUCCGAGAGACAGGACAUGGUUAUGGUCUCUAUGGUCGUCGUCAUUAUAAGAGCCACACCAACAACGAAGAAGAUGACAACGCAAACGAGAGCAGCGACGACAACGAUCAUUAUUACUACAACAGCGACGCUUACGGAAACCGCAAUGGUAGAUUUAGGUAACGAGAUUCAUAUGAUUUUGUUUUUGGAUAAUUUGGAAUUACUAUUUCAUUUUUGUUUCCUUCAGAUUUGGUAACCUUGAAACUAUAUACAAAGUUCAUGAGAUUAUUAAUUUAUGUGAAUUUUUCUUUCAAGAAACAUGUAAGAAUGUGAAAUUAUUUGAAGUAACUGAUGAAAUUUUAUUUGCAAA